GCUCCUGCGGAAAUGGAGGGGCGGCCCAAAGCCGCCCGGUCUCCUAAACUCAUGGCGGCAUUGGUGCGGGCGCCUUGUGCGGUGAUGCGGCCGCAGUGUCGCCAGCUCUGGCUUCUGUUCUCCCACGGCCAUGGGCUUUGGGGUACGGCAGGGAUUCCGCGGCCGGGAGAGGCGCGUUGCUGCCUGGGGAUCCGAGUCUUCAGCUCCGUGCCGCCACCGCCGGGAGCCAACGGACCCGAGCCCAAGGGCGGCCAAGCCGGGUCGCGCCGCUCGAAGCCCGGGCCCGUUUCUUGGAAGUCUUUAGCAUUGACUUUUGCCAUUGGAGGAUCUUUAUUGGCUGGAAUGAAGUACUUCAAGAAUGAAAAGAUGGAAAAGCUGGAGCAGCAACGACACCGCACCGUUGGAAAGCCUUUACUAGGGGGACCAUUUUCCCUCACCACUCAUGAUGGAGAGCCCAAAACUGACAAGGACUACCUGGGCCACUGGGUAUUGAUUUAUUUUGGCUUCACGCAUUGCCCUGAUAUCUGUCCAGAAGAACUAGACAAAAUGAUUCAAGUUGUAGAUGAAAUAGACAGUAUUCCAUCCCUGCCAAAUUUAACUCCACUUUUCAUCACCAUUGACCCAGAAAGGGACACACAAGAAGCCAUCUCAACUUACGUGAAAGAAUUUUCUCCCAAAUUGGUUGGUUUGACUGGGACAAAAGAAGACAUUGAUAGAGUGGCCAGAGCAUACAGGGUCUAUUACAGCCCUGGCCCUAAGGAUGAAGACGAGGACUACAUAGUUGAUCAUACAAUAAUAAUGUACUUGAUUGGACCCGAUGGAGAGUUCCUCGAUUACUUUGGCCAAAACAAGAAGGCAGCAGAAAUAGCUGGUUCAAUUGCUGCACACAUGAGAUCACACAUGAAGAAGAGGUAGCCAGAGUUGUGUCGCCAGACACAGGAUUGUCUUGUUGAAGAGGAAGGAGGCUUUGUCUCCCCAAGGAGCCUCUAUAUAAUGUAAUGUACAGCAUGGCCUUCAUACCCUGAGAUCAUUAUUCUACAUGAGAUGUUGCCCUGGGCUCAGCCAACCCAGUCUGCCACGUAGCUACUACCAUGAGUCCAAAGGGCCAGGGUAAGCAGAGCUGGUGGAGAACAGGCCUCCCAGAGCCAUCAGAGGGAGGCACAUGAGCACCUUUCCAUAGGAAUGGCACUUGGAGCAGCACCAAUUCCCCGACAGCGUCUGGGACCUUGCUCAGGCAAAUUGUGGGGCCGGAUUCAACAGCAGAGUGUCAUUUCCAUAGUGCUCUUGCUUUUUCAACUUGUGUGCUUGUUUGCUGAUAGUCAAGACAGGCAUCCGCGUUUGUCUUUAUACUUGAGGGUAGAGGUCUGUCUUUGUAGAAAAGGAGUGUCACUGUCAGGCUUGCAUUCCGUUCCCUCAGCACGUGCUGCUUGGAUGACUUGAGGAGAAAGCGUAUUGUUCCAACCUAACUGUCA